GAGCGGUACCGAAGAGGUACCGGGACCGCGGCGAUGAAUUUCGCGGUGGGGCUGAAGCCGCUGCUGGCGGAAGCGCGCAGCAUGGAGAGCCUGGAGAAGCAGCUCAUCUGUCCCAUCUGCCUGGAGAUGUUCACCAAGCCCGUGGUCAUCCUGCCCUGCCAGCACAACCUCUGCCGCAAGUGCGCAAACGACGUCUUCCAGGCCUCCAACCCUCUGUGGCAGUCGCGGGGUUCCGGCGCGGGGCCGUCCGGGGGACGGUUCCGGUGCCCGUCGUGCCGCCACGAGGUGGUGCUGGACCGGCACGGGGUGUACGGGCUGCAGCGGAACCUGCUGGUGGAGAACAUCAUCGACAUCUACAAGCAGGAGUCCGCGCGCCCCCUGCACGCGAAGGCGGAGCAACAUCUGAUGUGCGAGGAGCACGAGGACGAGCGCAUCAACAUCUACUGCCUGCGCUGCGAGGCGCCCACCUGCUCGCUCUGCAAGGUGUUCGGCGCUCACAAGGACUGCGAGGUCGCCCCUCUUCCCGCCGUGUACCAGCGCCAGAAGAGCGAGCUGAGCGACGGCAUCGCCAUGCUGGUGGCGGGCAACGACCGCAUCCAGGCCAUCAUCACUCAGAUGGAGGAGAUCUGCCGCACCAUCGAGGAGAACGGCCGCCGGCAGAAGCAACACGUGGGGCUGCGCUUCGACUCGCUCUGCAGCAUCUUGGAGGAGCGCAAGAAGGAGCUGCUGCAGAGCGUCAGCCGCGAGCAGGAGGCGAAGGUGCAACGCGUGCGCGGCCUCAUCCGGCAGUACGGGGACCACCUGGAGGCCUCCUCCAAGCUGGUGGAGACGGCCAUCCAGGCCAUGGAGGAGCCCCAGAUGGCCGUGUACCUGCAGCACUCCAAGGAGCUCCUGAAGAAGAUCACAGACAUGUCCAAGGUGUCGAUGAGCAGCCGCCCUGAGCCCGGUUAUGAGAGCAUGGACCACUUCUCCAUCAAUGUGGACCAUGUGGCCGAGAUGCUGCGCACCAUUGACUUCCAGCCAGAAGUGCUGGGUGAGGAUGAUGGGGACGGACCCACAGACAGCAGUGAGGGUGUGGGGGAUGAGGAAAAUCUGGAGGUACCUGAGGCUGCUGAGGAUGUGGGGCAAAGGCAGAAGCCACUGAGCUCUCCCCAUGGUCAGCACUGAGCUGGAUUCACAGCACAACAUUGGCAUCAGCAAACCCUACAGCCCUACGACUGCUACGAGCCCCACAUGGUGGGGCUGCCCUCAGCCCUCAUUAAACCAAU